CCUCUCCUACCACCUCCCGCGCGCGCCACGGCCGCGGCCACCAGAUAUUUUCCUUUUCCCGCACCCAGCCCAGCGCCUUUAUAUACGCCGCGCGCCCGCCCCUCCUUUCCGACGCCUCGCUGUCUCUCCCCGUCUCAGGUCACCAUCGAAGCACCAGUAGCAGGAACUCCCUAACGCCCCAGCGUGAGAUCGCGAGAUUGUAAUAGCUUGAUCGAGGCAGUGAAGACGAGAGGAUGCAGCCGCCAUCGCAGUACCACCAGUCCUCCUACUACGCCGUGCUCGGCGUCCACCCGGGCGCGUCCGCCGCCGAGAUACGGGCCGCUUACCACCGCCUCGCCAUGAGGUGGCACCCGGAUAAGAUUGCCAAUGGCCGUGUGGAUCCGGCGAUCGCGGAGGAAGCCAAGGGAAGGUUCCAGAAGAUACACGAGGCAUACCAGGUGUUGUCGGAUCAGAAGCGGAGGGAGCUCUAUGACGCCGGGAUGUACGACCCCCUCGACGACAGCCAACAAGAGGUCGAGGGCUUCCAUGAUUUCCUUCAGGAGAUGCUCUCGCUCAUGGCCACCGUUGGUAGAGAGGAGCCCGUGUAUUCCCUGGGGGAACUCCAAUCCAUGCUCGACGGGAUGAUGCAAGAUUUCAGCUCCCCCCAACCGCCACCACCAAGCAGCUUCUUCACCAGCACCGGUUCGUCGACGCGGUUCAGCGCACCCAGCGGCGGAGCGCAGCAGCAGCGUCGACCCCCCUCCCGGGUACGGCCUCAGGGGUUCGGCAGCUCGGCAUGCUUCAGCCAGACGGCUUUCUCGGGCUGCUAAGCACCCGCGCGAUCUGCACCGCAGUUCAUGCGUCCGUGGGUGUACGAUCCUGGUUACAAGGAUCACCGGCGUGAAGACACUGAAUUGCAGAGACUGGGAGAGCCAUUCACAGGAACCGUCGAGCGCUGUAGCGAUGCACACAGCAGGAGCCGGUACUGUACAUCAACCCACUGGAUGAGCGGAAUAAAGAAGACGGUAGAUAUUUCCAGUUGACAGCAACUCGAAAGGAUCUCCAUUGUUAGUUUUUCUUGGAUAGAUUGUAGGUGUACAUAGAUGAGAAUCAGAAGUGAAGACGUGAUGUUUUGCACUGUGGUGUAUUUACUUCAAAAGCAACCACGAUGACACGUGUUGGAGUUGUCACAAACAAAAAAUCAGUAAAGAGUACGUGUAACGUGUUUUUCAUCUA